CUCCUCCCUGCCCGACACCUGUCACUGCAGGUGGAGACAGUCGCCCGUGAACAUCUGACCCUGGUCAUUUUACAGCAGGACAUUUUCUCUCUCUUUUUUUUUUCCCCCGUCACAUCAUCAACAGCCGAUGCAGUCGAUGGUAAACACACACCGGGAACUUCUUUUCUAUUUUUCCUGAGGAUAAAAACUACCUGGAGAGUUGUUGUUGUUUUUUUUUUUUUUUUAUUCAUUCUUUUUUCCUGAGAUCUUCAAACACGCUGUGUGAUCAUGGCAGACUUUCCGUCCAAAGUCACCACAGAGACCAGUGUGCCGAACUCCCACAGCUCUCAACAGGGUGGCAACGGCCUCCGAGGGCUGGCUACAGGCAUUAACGCCUCCGUGGACGUCUUCUUUCUCAGAAGCAUCCCGGGCAUUCUAAUGAUUGUUGAAAUAGUUCUUGGUCUUCUCCACUGGGCUCUAAUAUGUGGGUCUAAUGCCAUCCGUGGACCUUACGGUUGGGUGUUGUUCGUGGCCAUCACUCUGUGGAUCCUCACCACCGUCCUCUUCUUCAUGAUCCUGUUUGGCCUACAGCGAAAUCUCUCCAUGGUCCCCUGGCCCCUGACGGUGAUGGUGUAUAACGCCACAGCGGCAAUCCUCUAUUUGACCGCCUUCGCCACCAAUGCAGCCUACGUUCACCAAUUCUGGUGGUUGCCCGGGAUCUACGAUCAUCUCGCAGCUGCCGCGUUCUUCGGAGCUGUGGUGACGGUGGCGUACGGCGCCAGUGCUUUCUUCUCCUACGUGGACUGGAAAGAUGACGGAGGAAACGCUGCCACAAACACCGUACCGACCUAGGACUCGAACCUGCGGUGCUUCACCUGCGAUAAAAAGGACUGCUCCCACGUCUCUCCUUUCCCCCAACGAUACUCUAUUUAUGUGGAUUACUUGAUGUCGAUAAACAAAGCACUCCGAGUCACUAUCGAGUGACUGUCACUGGUAACCCGAACCCUGAACCCAGGCUAACGCUGUUAUUAUCACGGAGAUGAAUCCCGAUCCAGGCAUAAGGAACUCAUAACCUAGUUUACAGUCAGUCACAUGUGAGUGCAACGUCGGAUUAUUUAUAUAAAUGUCCAUAAACAGUUUCAGGUAGAGUCCAUUUUUCAGCAACGUUGUUCAAACAUGGAAAAAUAAAUAUAACAAAUAACCUCACUUUGGAGCAGAUAACAACAACAAAAAAAUCAUACAUUGAUAGUCUUUAUAGUUUUCAGUUGGCCAGACUGUUCUACUGUAUUUACUAUCUCAUAAACAUUGUGUACUAAAAAUUAAAACAAUUAAAUGUGAAAAAAAAGUAAAAAAUUACGUUUGACCAAACGUUUUUUUUUUACAAAACAAACACCCGUGAAAUCACUUACACAAAAUGUUAAAAAAGCCUAGAGCCUCUAGCGUUAGCGCUAAAAGCUAACCACGUACAUACUAGCUUGUGAUUGGGAGUUCACUGAUAUAUCGCUAACAUAAACUGAUCGAGCUAACGCACCUCUUACGGCAUGCGGACACUCCGAAAGACACAAAGAAAAGCAGCUUUUUUUGUUCUGUAAAAAAGUUUUUGAUCAAUUGUUUUUUUCAUCAUGACAGCGAAGGAAAAUUAUAAGAAUGUACAUGUUAAUCAUCUAAUGUUCAUUUUAACUGAUUUUUUAUAUAUUUUUAAUGUGUCAUCGCCCUGUUGAUUGUCUAUGAGUUGAUUGUACCAUUUCGACCGACAGUGUUCGGUGGACUGCAUGUGUUUGGUCGUCUCUAUGGUGAUGGGAAGAGAAUCUUUGCAUCAAAAAUUCAAGAAAUGCUUUGGUAGAGUUUGAAGUCCACAGUAAAAGCCAAAUGAAAAUGAUAAUAUCAAGAUUAAACUUAU